AGAAAAGAAGAAGGAAGUCCCAAUGAAGCCAAACCUGACAAAGCAAGAUCCAAUAAAGUAAAGCCCAAAGAAGACCCAGUGAAAGAAAAAAAGAAGGAAGUCCCAAUGAAGCCAAACCCGACGAAGCUAGAUCCAUUAAGUAAAGCCCGAAGAAGACUCAGUGAA